UGAUGCUAGCCUCAGCACAAGAAAAAGAUAAAGAAUAAAGAAUAUCAUAUGAGUUUGAAUUUUUUUGGCUUGAUCUGAUCAGGCUUGUUUUGAAAAGCCACUCAAGCAUCUUUGCUGAUUCUUCAAUCAGCGGCAUUAUUUCGAGACUUAUAUUUGGCAAGUUGCAGCCUGAAGAGAGUUGUCACAAAAAGUGAAGAAAUUCAUUGAAUUUCAUGGCAAAUACCAUGGAACAAUCCCCAUUUGGUUCGAGAAGGCAUGAUGAAUCUGAAUUCAACUUGAAAGAAUGGGGACUCAAGGCUCGAAUCAGCCGUGAAAAUACGAGUUCAAGAAGAUUUUCGGCGUCUUAUAUUAGAAGUCUUAGAGAAGAUGCAAGGUCUUUCAGAUCAAAUAUAACCAUUUCUAGUACUGCUUCUUCUCCUGGCUACACCUUAAAAGAUGAAAUUGACCCUUCAACAUAUUCAUUCACCACAGCCCUGAAAGCAUUGAAGGCAAAAACUGUGUAUACUUGGGAGUAUCUUUCUCCGGAUGGCUUUGUUCUCAACUCCAAGUGGAAUGAAGCAGAAAAGUACAUUUCAAAUCCUCUAUCGGGCGAAGUUCCAUUGGAGUGUUUAUCUGCGAAAACUCUCAGCAGAAGAUCCUUUCGAAGCCUUACCAGCAGAAUUACAAUGUCUGCUCCACUCAUUUAUCCUAAUCACUUGCAGCAAUUCGACACCAAGUCUCCCAUUGCAGAACAUGAAAAUGAAGUUCAAAUUCCUAAUCAAGAGGAGAAUAAAAUAAACUCAACUAGAGAUAAGGGGACUCAAAGCACGCCGGCCGACCUUAGUUCAGGCAGCCCAAGUCCUGCGCGUACACCUUCAAUCAAAGAAAGAUCAAUAAAGCGCAGUGAAGCAGAAGGUGAAGACUCUUCUAUUUCAAGUGAAAAAUUAAAACCAGAGAAAGAGGUAGAAGUGAAAGAAACAAAAGAGAGAGAGGACACAAAAAUAAACGAAUUAGGAGAGAGAAAGAAGAUGUGCAUGCAAGGUGGAUGUCUUUCACUGAGGAAUUUGUGGAUGAGGAGAAGGCAGAAAAAGAAACAAAAAUCAAGAAACAAGAAUACGUUUCUUUACCAUCUCAAUGCUUGCUAAAAAUAUGAAAAUUCUCUCUCUAUAUCUAUAUGUAAUGUAUCUAUCUCUCUAGAACAUGCAUAUUAAUGGAGGGAAAGAGGUAGCAUUGAUUACUAUAAAAAGGCCAAGAAAUGGUACUUUGUUUUGCU